AUGGGAGACGGAGCCCUCACGAUCGACUGGCGGCUCACCGAUGGCCACGGCUACGUCCUCAACCGUCAUCGCAGGCACGCGGCCGCCUGCCGUUUAAACCUGCAAUACUACCUGUGGAAAGAUGCGCUGACGUUCGACAUCCAUCCCGCCAUCUAUGCGUCGCUCUCGCCGACGGCCAUCAUCGCUGACGUGGCCGCCGGCAGUGGUAUCUGGCUGACGAGCGUCUCGCGAGACCUCCCCGAUGCGCAGCUCGAGGGGUUGGACUAUGACCUGAACCAGACUCCGCCUCGCGACUGGCUGCCCAAGAACGUCCGCAUGCGACACUGGAACGUCUUCGACGAGGUGCCUGCCGACCUCGUGGGCAAAUACGACUACAUCCACACCCGACUCCUCCUCCUGGUGGUGCAGGCACAGGACCCACGACCUAUCAUUCGGAACCUGCGGCGACUCCUCAAGCCCGGAGGGUAUCUCCAGUGGGACGAGCUCGAUACGGUCCAUAUGUCCAUCAAGAAGGUGGAGGCGGGCCUGCCCACGCCGGCGCUGGAGCAGCUGCGCGACUGGUCCUGGGCCGAGGGUCGUCAUGACUGGACGGUGCGCCUGGCCGACUUUCUGGCCGAGGAGGGCUUCGAGGAGACGGCCACUGACUUUGUGGGGGAUGGGCUCGAGCUGGCGAGAGCGUUCAACGAGCAGCAUCUGCUGACGGCGGAGGAGUUUGCAGAGGGGCUGAUGAAGCUGGGCGAGUCCGAGGCGGCCGCCAAGUAUUUCGGUAUAGUGGAGGAGGCGUAUACUGAGUCGCUGGCCGGUGCGGCCCUCUGCGUGCCCCGGGUGGUGUGUCGGGCCCGAAAGCCUCGGUGA